AUGGCCUAGACGCUAAAGGAUUUGGAAGUCCAGUAUGUAAAAGUAUUUAUAAAUUCUAUUUAGGAGUUAAACAUUGUUGAUACUGGCUCUGUUUUCUAUGAGCUCGCCAGAUGGGAUGCUUCAAUAGCCACUUAUUUUAUUGUGACUAACUGCUUAGGAAUCUCUGUCAUUGAAAGAUGUGGAGGUGAUGAUCAAAAGAAGAGAAUUUUGCCAGAUUGCAUUUUAAUGAAAAAAAGUAUAUGUUUUGGAUUAACUGAGCCUAAUAAUGGAAGUGAUGCUACUGGUCUAUAGUCGACAGCCAAGAAAGUCGAAGGAGGCUUUGUUCUGAAUGGCUAAAAAAGAUGGAUUGGAAAUGGUACUUUUGCUGAUUAUAUCAUCAUUUGGGCUAGAAAUGUUGAUGAGGGCAAUAAAAUUUAAGGCUUCGUUGUUGAGAAAGGUUCAUCCGGCCUUAAGACUUCUAAGAUUGAAAACAAGUUCUCAAUUAGAAUGGUUUAAAAGUACAACUUUUUAUUAUUAAUGCUUUAUAGUGCUGAUAUUGAGCUUAAGGAUGUCUUUGUCCCCUAUCAUAACAGACUUGAAAAAGCAUUAGAUUUUGCAUCUGGAGCUAACAACAUUUUGAAACAUUCUAGAAUAUAGGUUGCUUGGCUUGCUGCAGGUGUUGGAGCUGGGGCUGUUGAAGCAGCUCAUAGAUACUCGCUUGAAAGAAAGUAGUUUGGCAAACCUAUUGCUUCAUUCUAAGCUAGUCAGGAAAAGUUAGCUAGUAUGAUCUCAAGUGUCAAUGCAAUGAUCCUUACUUGCCAUAGAGUUUCUCUUCUUUAUCAAAGAGGAAAGGCAUCAAUGGGGUAAAUUGCAAUGGCCAAAGCUUAUUGUACAAAAACUUCGAGAUAAGUCUGUUCUUUAGCUAGAGAACUCUGUGGAGGUAAUGGAAUCUUGCUUGAGAAUCACGUGAUGAAGUAAUUUAUGGACAUGGAAGGUAUUCACACCUACGAGGGUACUUAUGACAUCAACAAUCUAGUUGGAGCAAGAGAAAUUACUGGAAUAGCAGCAUUCAGAUGA